AUGGAAACAAAGUCCAACAACGAACCCAUCGCCUUCGGGCUCGCAUUCGCUAUCAUCAUAUCGACGAUGCUAUUCAUUGGGCUCACAUUCGCUACCAUCAUAUCGCCGAUUCUAUUCAUCUGUGGUAAAAUGAUGCGCGGAACUGAUAUUAAAGAUGUACAGGUCAAGGAACGAAAACGUGUUGUUUCGCGAUUAGUACGUCUGGGACCGCAUCGAUUACGAGGGAUUUGUGAGGGCGAGGGAGUGAGUUUCAUGGUUAGGGGUGAGCGGGGGGAUUUUGCUGGAGAUGGUGAUGAUGAUGGAGAAGGUGAGGAAUUGAGAAUGUUUUCGGAAGAAAUUACACGAGAGGUGCGGAUGCAAUUGAGAGGGGAAUUGAGAGCGCAGUUGGAGGGGGAUGUGAGGGGGGAAGUUGGGAGGGAUUUGAGGGUGGAGAUUAGAGAGGAGAUGAAGAGGAGUGGGAGAGAAGGUCGGUUGGUGGAGGAUGUUAGGGAGGAGGUUAGACGGGAGGUUCAGGGAAGAUUAAGGAGGGAGAUGGAAAGGGAUUUGAGACGUGAUGUUAGUAGAAAGUUGAAGGCGGAUAUUAGAGAGGAGAUGAAAAGAAGUGGAAAAGAGAUUGGUAUGGUCACUGAAGUGGUUGCGGAUAUUAGGGAGGAGGUUAGACGGGAGGUUCAGGCGAGGUUGAAGAGAGAAGUGGAGAGGGAUGUGAGAAGAGUCAUUGAUGUGGAGAAAAAGCAGUUGGAGGCGAAGUUGAGGAGAGAGAUGGAAAUGGAGAAAAAACAAUUAGAGGCAAAGUUGAGGAGAGAAAUGGAAAUGGAGGCGAGAAUGGUCGAGGUCGAGAAAAAGGUCGAGAAGAAAGUCGAGGCGCAGACUGAAGAAAAGAGCAUGGUAAGGAGGGAUGGAAAAGGAAAUGGAAGCGAGGAAAUUAUGAUCUCGACAAUGGCCACGCAGAAGGAAAACGAAAGCGUUGAAGGCAGCGAGGAGGUUAUGUUUUCAAAGACGACCACACAGAGUAUUGUUGCAAGAACGAAGACGAGAUAG